AUGCACUCCGUCCACCCGGGCUGGCGAGGGCGUUCGCCGCGCAGUGGGCGCUUGCUGCGUCCCACCCUGGUCCUGGCAGUUCUCGUGCUCAUAUGCGCAUUUGCUCCCUGCCAACACCUCUUUAGCCUGGUCGCCAACUCCAAGCAGCCAAAUGCGGCUCUUCAAAGCGACCGACCUCGCCGGCGAAGCGGUGAAUCUGGCCGGCGGGCCUGGCUGCUGGCCUUGGCGCCCUCGGCCUUGGCGCCCUCAGCCGCGCAGGCGGCCAUUCCCAUGAUGGAGGAGUUCUACCAGGGAAACGGAGCACAGAUUUCCCGACCCAAGGAGGAGGUCCAAGCUGCCCAGUAUGCCGUGCAAGCAGCAUGGUACCAACAAAAAGGCUUGUCUUUGGCAGCCGCGGCCGAUGCUGCUCUGACGUCCCUGGGUGGCGUCGAGGCGAUGCUGAAGCAGGGCGACUUCGAUGGUGUGAGGCGGACAGCCUUGGACCUCCUCGUCUCUCCUUCGGUGGGCUCAAUUGGCAUCGUGCGCUCUCCCUCGAGGGUGGGCGGCACGCCAUUUGGCGCGUGGGCCGACCAGUGCUCCCAAAGGAGCGUGUGUGACUCCUCUGUGAUCAUUGCGCGGGGAACCCUGCAGCAACUGGAGGAAUGGUGCUUCACAAAGCGAGCGAUCUACUUCAACUCCGCCGACAAAGCACAGGUGGAGUCUCGGAAGGAGACCGGGGCCGCUCUUCGGAAGAUCACGGAGAACCUGGAGGAGCCCCUGGACUUCCUGGAGCAGGCGCGGGCGGCUAUCGAGGAGGUGCGAAGCGAUGCCAAGAAGAUCUGA